AAAGAUGCUUUCCUUUGCAGGAAUUAAUGAAUUUUAAUGAUCCUGCUGAAAACUGCAACAAGUACCCAUUAGAAUCUAGUUCCUUUUUCCUUCCCAGAGCAGCCAUUGGAUUUUUCACGAGCAUUGUAGAAACCCUGUUUGGAUCCAAUGUUUCCACGUCAUCAUCAAGCCUUACUUCAGUUGGAGAUAAUUCUGAAGAUCAAAAUGAAUCUGAGAUUCUCCUCAAGGAAGAAAUUGAAACUUCUGAGAUCUCUGAGCCAGAUACAUGUGGACCGCAGAUGUUCAGGAAUACAUAUCUGAAGCAGGAAGGAGAACAGGAGGAGGAUCAGGAUUCUACUUUUUACAAGGGUGCCAAGAAUCCAGAUCACUUUAGACAGUUUGAUAUGGUUACUAAUCCUUCUGACCACCAUUAUCUUGGUGCGAGCAAGGGAUUGGCACAAUCACAGGUAAAAAGAGAUUGGUUAAGGAGGAUUCAGCAAGAAUGGAGCAUUCUAGAGAGAAAUCUUCCUGAAACAAUCUAUGUUCGCGUCUAUGAGGAGAGGAUGGAUCUUUUACGGGCAGUCCUGGUUGGUGCACCUGGAACGCCAUACCACGACGGGCUUUUCUUUUUUGACAUUCUUCUUCCACCAGAAUAUCCUCAUGAACCACCUUUGGUGCAUUACAACUCUGGUGGACUCCGUGUAAAUCCAAAUUUGUACGAGUCUGGAAGAGUCUGUCUCAGCCUUCUCAAUACAUGGACUGGUACAAGUUCUGAAGUAUGGAAUCCGGGAAGCUCCACCAUACUUCAAGUUCUUCUGUCUCUCCAGGCUCUUGUUCUUAAUGAUAGACCUUAUUUCAAUGAAGCUGGAUAUGAUAAGCAGAUGGGUAGAGCUGAGGGAGAGAAGAAUUCAGUAAGCUACAAUGAAAACGCUUUCAUUCUCAGCUGCAAAUCCAUGCUUUACCUACUUUGCAAGCCUCCCAAUCAUUUUGAGGCACUUGUGAAGGAACACUUCAGCCAGCGUGCAGAACAUAUUCUAUUGGCUUGUAAGGCCUACAUGGAGGGAGCUGUAGUAGGAUGUGCAGGAAAUAGGCAUGAAGUGCCAAAAGGGAGCUCUACAGGCUUCAAAAUGAUGCUUGCUAAGAUCUUUCCAAAGCUGGUGGAGGCAUUUUCUGAACUAGGAAUUGAAUGCAACCAAUCCCUCGAGCCAAACAACUGAGUUCUGGUACUACAGAUUCUUCAUCCAAAGAUUUUUCUGCUAUGUGAAUGAUCUGUCUAAUGUCAGACUGCUCCUUGGUUGCCUGCUUGUUGAAAAUUUAGCCUUUGAUGUUUAUAAGUAUUUGUGAUUGUUGAAUGUGAAUAGAAUAAAUCGUGUAACCAAAGGCUUUUGGUGCUUGUGUAAUAUCAUAUAUAUUCCAGACAAUGGAAAAUUAUGAAAUAAAUGUACCUGUGUGCUGAUAUCUCCUAGUCUUCAAUCUUCCUGGAAAAGUUGGAGCAAGGAGCUAUGUGGUUAAAUCAAAGAGCAGACUUGUUUCUACUAUAUAUUUGCUAUGUAUUAGUCACAUGUAUUCUGUACUAUAUUGAUGGCUGAAUAUCCAGGAAUAAAAGGGAUGUCUAUGCUCCUUCCCCUUGAUUUUGAAA